UGCAGGGAUGCUCUGAGGGGACGGGUGUCGGUGUGGCACCAGUGCUCGCUGAAGGAGCCGGCGGAACGGGGUGGUCAUGGGGAUGUGGGCGUCUCUGGACGCGAUGUGGGAGAUGUCGGCCGAGAAGCGUAUCUUCGGGGCCGUGUUGCUCUUCUCCUGGACAGUGUAUCUUUGGGAGACCUUCCUAGCACGGCGGCAGAGACGGAUAUAUAAAACAACAACUCAUGUACCACUGGAGUUAGGACAGAUCAUGGAUUCAGAAACAUUUGAGAAAUCUCGACUGUAUCAGCUGGAUAAAAGUACUUUCAGCUUCUGGUCAGGACUCUAUUCAGAGAUUGAAGGCACUCUUAUUCUUCUCUUUGGAGGAAUCCCUUAUCUCUGGAGACUCUCUGGGCGGUUCUGUGACUAUGCUGGCUUUGGACCAGAAUAUGAGAUUACUCAGUCCUUGGUGUUUCUGCUGUUGGCUACACUUUUCAGUGCAUUGACUGGUUUGCCGUGGAGUCUUUAUAAUACUUUUGUGAUAGAAGAAAAACAUGGUUUCAAUCAGCAGACUUUGGGGUUCUUCAUGAAAGAUGCAAUCAAGAAAUUUAUUGUGACUCAGUGCAUUUUAUUACCUGUGUCUUCACUUCUACUUUACAUUAUUAAAAUUGGGGGAGACUAUUUUUUUAUUUAUGCCUGGCUGUUCACACUAGUUGUGUCUCUGGUGCUUGUCACCAUCUAUGCUGAUUACAUUGCCCCUUUAUUUGACAAAUUCACACCUCUUCCUGAGGGAAAGCUUAAACAAGAAAUUGAAGUCAUGGCAAAGAGUAUUGAUUUCCCUUUGACUAAGGUGUAUGUUGUUCAAGGAUCUAAACGCUCUUCCCACAGCAAUGCUUAUUUUUAUGGCUUCUUCAAGAACAAGCGAAUAGUUUUGUUUGACACUCUACUAGAAGAGUAUUCUGUACUAAACAAAGACAUCCAGGAGGAGUCUGGCAUGGAACCCUGCAAUGAUGGAGAAGGGGACAGUGAAGAAAUAAAAGCUAAAGUUAAAAAUAAGAAACAAGGAUGUAAAAAUGAGGAAGUGCUUGCUGUGCUAGGCCAUGAACUGGGGCACUGGAAGCUGGGACACACAGUCAAAAAUAUCAUUAUUAGCCAGAUGAAUUCUUUCCUGUGUUUUUUCUUGUUUGCUGUAUUAAUUGGUCGAAAGGAGCUUUUUGUUGCAUUUGGUUUUUAUGACAGCCAACCCACUCUAAUUGGACUAUUGAUCAUCUUCCAGUUUAUUUUUUCACUUUAUAAUGAGGUUCUUUCUUUUUGCCUAACAGUCCUAAGCCGCAGAUUUGAAUUUCAAGCUGAUGCAUUUGCCAAGAAACUUGGGAAGGCUAAAGACUUAUAUUCUGCUUUAAUCAAAUUAAACAAAGAUAACUUGGGUUUCCCUGUUUCUGACUGGUUGUUUUCUAUGUGGCAUUAUUCUCAUCCUCCACUACUAGAGAGACUUCAGGCUUUGAAAAAUUCAAAACAAGACUGAGUUGCCCAGGGUCUGCAACUGAAGACAUUUCUGAUUAUUUCUGUCCUGGCAGCAUGUUCUGGCUCUUGAUGUUUUUAAACUUUUUUUUU